AUGGAACCAGGAAAUCAAACAAGUAUGUCAGAAUUUUUACUCCUGGGAUUUUCCCAAGACUCAGAGCAUCAAGCCAUCCUCUUUGGGCUCUUCCUGUCCAUGUUUGUGGUCACUGUGCUGGGGAACCUGCUCAUUAUUUUGGCCAUCAGCUCUGAUUCCCACCUCCACACGCCCAUGUACUUCUUCCUCUCCAACCUGUCCUUUGCUGAUGUCUCUUUCACCUCCACCACCAUCCCGAAGAUGCUGGUGAACAUCCAGACACAGAGCAAAUCCAUCUCCUAUGCAGGCUGCAUCACCCAGAUGUAUUUUUUCAUGGUUUUUGGAGGUAUGGAUACUUGUCUCCUCACUGUGAUGGCCUAUGACCGGUUUGUGGCCAUCUGUCACCCCUUGUAUUACCCAGUCAUCAUGAACCCUCAUUUCUGUGUUCUGCUGGUUCUCGUGUCCUGGUUCAUCAGCUUGACAUACUCCCUGAUCCAGAGUCUGUUGAUGUUGCGGCUGUCCUUUUGUACCAAGUGGGUAAUUUCACACUUCUACUGUGAACUUGCUCAGGCCCUCACACUUGCCUGCUCGGACACACUCAUCAAUUAUAUCCUGCUAUAUACGGUGAUUGGCAUUCUUGGCAUUGUUCCCUUCUCAGGGAUUCUUUUCUCCUAUAGCCGAAUAGUCUCCUCAAUCCUGAGAAUCCCAUCAGCUGAUGGGAAAUAUAAAGCAUUUUCUACCUGUGCAUCUCACCUGUCCGUGGUUUCUUUAUUCUAUGUGACAGGCCUUGGUGUGUAUGUCAGUUCUAAUGCAUCUUCCCUGCAGGGCAUGAUUGCCUCAGUGAUGUACACUCUGGUUACCCCAAUGCUGAACCCUUUCAUCUACAGCCUCCGGAACAGGGACAUCAAGAGGGCUCUACAAAAAGUUCUUGGGAGAAUACUCUGCGUUUAA